AUGUCGGCAAGCACACUCGAUAUCAACUCGACCUUCGACCUGCCGAAUUCGCAGUACAAAAUUCCGAAAAUCGGGUUUGGUGUCUAUCUGUCACCCAAGGAUGUAUGCGUCAAGUCUUGCAAGAAAGCCUUUGAGGCAGGCUAUCGACACAUCGACACGGCGCAGUACUACGCCAACGAAGAGCAGGUUGGACAGGCAUUGGCUGAAAGUGGGCUUCCCCGCGAGGACAUCUACGUCACGUCCAAAAUUAUGAGUCCUGGCGAAGAUGUCGAGUCAACGUACAAAAAGGUUAUCGAAAGUGUUGAGAAGCUUGCUGGGAAGGAUGGCUAUGCGGAUCUUUUCCUCAUCCACACCCCGAAUGGAGGCAAAGAGGCAAGGAAGACAAUGUGGUUGGCACUGAAGAAGGCCAAGGAGGCAGGAAAAGUACGAGACAUUGGCGUCAGCAACUACGGCAUCGGACACAUUGAGGAGAUUGCAACCAUUGACAGCAAGGAUGCUAUUCCUGCUGUAAACCAAAUCGAGCUCCACCCCUGGUGCCAGCAGCGCGAAGUCGUCGAAUACUGCAAAAAACGCAACGUCAUAGUCGAAGCCUACUGCCCCAUUGUCCGCAACGAAAAGGCAAACGACCCGACACUUGCCACCAUCGCGAAGAAACACAACAAGGAACCCAACCAAAUCCUCAUCCGAUGGAGUCUGCAAAAGGGAUUCGUACCGCUGCCCAAGAGUGACAAUCCUUCGAGGAUUGUCGGCAACGCUGAUAUAUACGAUUUUGAACUCAACAAAGAGGAUAUGGCUACGCUGGAUGGGCUGGAUCAAGGCGCAGACGGUGCAAUUGUUCAGGCUGUUGAUAAUUCUUAG